AUGACUAAAAUUCGCCUUGAUUCUGAUUUUCGUUUUUUUAUUCUUCGUAAUUUAAUAGAAACUAUGAAAAUAGAGAAGAAAUGCUUUUCUCGUGAUUCUGGCUACUUAAGAGAUCGUAUGACGAAAAUAACCUAUGAAGUGGAAACAAAUGAAGAUUGCAUUAUAUCUAUGUUUAAUAACAAAGUUUAUGCGCAUAUUUUGUUACUCACAGAGAACCUUCCGUUUGUCUUCUAA